GGGGUUCACGGUGGUUUCUCUCGCCCCGGAUCGGACCCUCCUCUGUCGAGCUCAUUCGUCAGUGCCGACGUCCUUGCCCCGGUAGUGCCGGUGGGGUAGUGCCCGUGUCCCCGCUGUUCAUCCUGCAUCCUUCGGCGUGCGGCGGAGUGGAGGAUGAGCGAGCAAGGGAAGGGCUCGGCAUCCGCCUCUGCCGCGGCCCCGGCACCAGGGUCGGAUACUUAUAAAGGCUGGCUUUUUAAAUGGACCAACUACUUGAAAGGAUACCAGCGGCGAUGGUUUGUCCUCAGCAACGGCCUGCUGUCAUAUUACAGGACGCAGGCAGAGAUGGCCCAUACAUGUCGUGGAACAAUCAACUUGGCCACGGCACACAUCGACACAGAGGAUGCUUGCAAUAUUGUCCUGAGCAGUGGCGGCCGCACUUACCACCUGAAGGCUAGCACGGAAGUGGAGCGGCAGAGAUGGGUCACAGCACUGGAGUUGGCCAAGGCUAAAGCCAUACGCAUGAUGAACGAUCAGUCUGAUGAUUCGGGGGACGAGGAGCCUACAUCGCAGUCGGACCGCAGCGAGAUUCAGGGCACCCUGAAGAUACUCGUCAGCAAGCUCGAUGACCUCAGCACAUGUAAUGACCUGAUUGCCAAGCAUGGGGCGGCCUUGCAGCGUUCUCUGAGUGAACUUGAGGGUCUGAAAGUCCCUGUAGAGGGCGGGGAGAAGAUCAAAGCAGUCAAUGAGCGAGCCACCCUCUUUCGCAUCACUUCCAAUGCUAUGAUCAAUGCGUGUCGAGACUUCUUGGACCUAGCAGAGACCCACAGCAGGAGAUGGCAGCGGGCGCUGCAGUAUGAGCGAGAGCAACGUACCCACCUAGAGGAGACUAUUGAGCAGCUUGCCAAGCAGCAUAACAGCCUGGAGCGAGCGUGGAGAGAAGCACCCACGCUUGUUUCCACCACGCCCAGUGCCCCUACUGCCAACAAGGGAGGGUGUGAGAGGCUGCACAAAGAAGAGGCGAGUGAUGAAGAUGAGGAUACUGAAUACUUUGAUGCCAUGGAGGAUUCCCCUGCAUUUAUCACAGUGACUGCCACUGAGAGCACACAGCACAGGCGAUCUCAGAGUAAUUUGAGUGGGGCGAGCGGAGGUCAGCCCAAUGACUGGAACCAGGACGACCAUAUGUCUCUGAGCUGUAAUGAUGUGUCAGGGAAAGAGCUGCAGCCCCGCAGACAGAGGCGGACUCAUGUCCCCGACAAGCCCAACUACUCCCUCAAUUUGUGGAGCAUCAUGAAGAACUGCAUCGGCAAGGAGCUCUCCAAAAUUCCCAUGCCUGUAAACUUCAACGAGCCUCUGUCGAUGCUGCAGCGUCUCACCGAGGACCUGGAGUAUCAUGAGCUGCUGGACAAGGCGGCGCGCUGCGACUCCUCACUGGAGCAGAUGUGCCUGGUCGCUGCCUUCUCCGUGUCGUCCUACUCCACAACGGUGCACCGGACAGCCAAGCCCUUCAACCCCCUCCUGGGCGAGACCUAUGAGCUCGAUCGACGGGAGGAGUUCGGCUACCGCUCUCUGUGUGAGCAGGUGAGCCAUCACCCCCCUGCAGCUGCACAUCAUGUGAUUUCCGAACGAGGCUGGACCCUGUGGCAGGAAAUCACCAUCGCCAGCAAGUUUCGUGGCAAAUACCUCUCCAUAAUGCCUCAGGGUGCCAUUCACCUCCAGUUCCACUCCAGCGGGAAUCACUACGUGUGGAGAAAAGUCACCUCCACAGUGCACAACAUCAUUGUGGGCAAGCUGUGGAUUGACCAGUCAGGGGACAUUGAGAUUGUGAAUCACAGGACCAAGGAGACCUGCCAGCUCAAGUUCUCCCCCUACAGUUAUUUCUCCAGGGACGUACCUCGGAAGGUGACAGGUGUGGUGGCAGACAGUGGAGGUCAGGCUCACUACAUCCUCUCUGGUACAUGGGAUGAUAAAAUUGAGAGCGCCAAGAUCGUUCAGAGCAGCCGAGGGGGCAGUGGAUCAGAGGGCAAGCAGAAGACGGUCUAUCAGACAUUGUCGCCCAAACUGUUGUGGAAGAAAUACCCUCUCCCGGAGAACGCUGAGAACAUGUACUACUUUUCAGCGCUGGCACUGACCCUGAAUGAGCAGGAGGACGGAGUGGGACUAACCGACAGCCGUCUGAGACCCGACCAGAAGCUGAUGGAGGAAGGGCGGUGGGACGAGGCAAACUUAGAAAAGCAGAGGCUAGAGGAAAAACAAAGAGCUGUGAGGAGGAGAAGGGAAGCGGAGGCCUCAGAUGCGCUUGAUGAAGGUAAAGAAUACGAAGGCUACCAGCCGCUUUGGUUUCACCAGAGGAGGGACUCAAUCACUGGAGAGACAAACUUUGUGUAUAAGGGAGGUUACUGGGAGGCGAAGGAGAGACAGGACUGGAGCAUGUGUCCUGACAUCUUCUAACCCAGGACCUCAGCCCGGAUCCUAACCUCAUCGGACAGGGAACUGCUCUGCCUCUGGUCCUUCAGCAAUGCGGCAUAGCUGGCUAAUGAGCACCAUGUGGACCUUUAGUGAGCAUGAGAAUGUGUAUGUUUCACACACUCUCGGAUUACCUCCAAAUAUACACUCUCAAUCUGUUUUUACUAUGGGGAAAAAGAAGGGGCGCUCCCUGAGUCUUUGACACUAUACUGAAACAGCAGUGAGAAAAUGUGUGGAUGUGAGGUGGUGUUAUAGUUGUAACACCGCCACAAUAAUGGCACCUGCACACUCCUGAAAUCAGGUGCUUCAUAAAUCUUACUCACAAUGCACUUUUCUGUGUUCACCAGAGUUUUUACAGAUUUGACCGAAACCCAUAUCAAAGCAGCUCACGAUUAUCGACUCACAACUAACAGGGACAAAAUCAUAAAUGGGCGCAUAAAAACAGAGCAGUGUUUAAUACCAACCCAGUCAACGUAGUAAAUUUUGGCAUUGUAUGUUUCUGCAAACCACGGAAAUGUUACAUUUGUCACAGAGAUGUUGAAAUUUAAUGUUUUAACAAUGCUGUGGACAACAUGUGGUUAGGCUAGGCACAAAACCACUUGGUUACGAUUAAUAAAAGAUUGCGUUUUUGCUCAAAAUACCCGGUUUUGUGGUACAAUUAUGGCUGAAAAUGCUUUGAUGUCUCUUUAUCAUCCCUGCCUGUCUAAAAAAACAUCCAGUUUUGUCAUAAGUUGGUCUUAUACCUACUGUAUAAGCUGCAGUUUGUCAGCUGUCUUGCCCAGGUAUCACACCGUCAUCCAAUUCCUCAACUUCCUGAUGACAAAGUCAGCUUUAUAUAUACGUACAUGAAAGCUUUGAUAUUUCACACAUGAAAUGUACAAAUGCAGCAUAUCUGUGGUUUGCAGGAGCAUACAAUGCCAACAUUUUCUUGUGACUGGGCUGUGAAUACACAUGUCAGUAUAUCAGGGGCUACAAGAAAAGUGUCCUCAUCUUCUGUUCUACUUAGCACAGUUGAGAUAAUGCCAGACCUUCUUUAUAAAUCUUUAAUUAGUUCCCUCUUUUUCUUCACAGGAAUGAUUUCAAGUGCUCAUUAUUUGCCCCUUUUAGAUGUUUAACAAAGAGUGUAAGGAAAUGGUGUCUGCAAAUUUUUAUCAGUUAUGCAGACACGUGUUCCAAAAAAAUUCAAUAAAUUAGACAUUCUGAAACAAAAAUAUAAACAAAUAUGAACAAAACAGGUAACGUGACCAUGGCCUUGGGAAAUAAUCCAAUACAUUUUUUAUAGUCAAUUCCUUAUACCAAUGAGAUGUUCUUUCAUGCUGCUUAUUUUUCUAUUCAUGGCAAUUCAGUUUUAUUUAGGUUGUGCAGAUGAAUUACUAUUAAUUAAUUGUAAGUGUUUUAAUUUGUAAGGCCUUUUAUUUUAAAUUAAAAUGUCUUAAGAUACACAGGGCAGAGCCAGGUGUGGAAUGGAGGUUGAUGGAGAAUGAUCUGACAGGCAAAGUGGCAUUACAUUGUGAAACAAAGCUGUGGGAAAAAAAUAAAAUUGGUCCAUAAUAAACUCUGUCAUCCUCAUAACAGGCAGGACAAAAUAACAUUUCAUAAUAUCAAGCUGUGUUUAAAAAAAUGUUCAGUUUAGUUUAGUUUACUUAUUUGCAAAAUAAUAAGAAAAUACAAAAUGAACAAUAAAAGUAAUUUCAAUGCUAGAAAGGAUAGAAGCCUGAAUGGCUUUUCCUCAAGUCCUUCCCUAUUUACAUUACAAAAUAAAGAGAAAAUACCGAUGUUUUUACUCAUCCAUACAAAACAAAAUAUGCAACAAACA